AUGAGCAGGACUCUGCUGUGGCUGGUGGCCUCUCUGGCCUUUGCCUCCCUCACUUCUCUGGCUAAUGGAGCGCCGUUGCAGGUGUUGUCUGCCCCCAACUUGUUGCGGGUAGGAACAGCAGAAAACAUCUUUGUGGAGUGUCAAGACUGCACAGGAGGGGACAUUGGGGUGGAAAUCAGUGUGGUGAGCCAUCCAACCAAAGUCAGAAGGCUGACAUCCACAUCUGUGACCCUCACCAGUGCAAAACACUUCCAGGAGUUUGCUCAGAUAACGAUCCCCGCUGCUGAAUUCAACAAGGAUCCCAACAUUAAGCAGUAUGUGUACCUGCAAGCUCAGUUCCCCGACCGACUGCUGGAGAAAGUUGUCUUGGUGUCCCUCCAGUUCGGGUACAUCUUCAUCCAGACUGACAAAAGCAUUUACACCCCCAACAGCAAAGUUCAUUACAGGAUGCUUGCAGUGACGCCACGAAUGGAGCCUGCAGAGGGGGAUGCUGAAACUGAUGCCACUAUUGCCAUUGAGAUUGUGACCCCCGAUGGCAUAGUUUUACCACUUGGUCCAGUCUCUCUGAAUUCAGGGAUCCACGCUGGAGAUUACCACCUUGGUGAAACUGUCAGUCCUGGAGUAUGGAAGGUGGUGGCGAAGUUCCACAGCAACCCACAUGAGAGCUUCUCUGCAGAGUUCGAGGUCAAAGAAUACAUGCUGCCCAGUUUUGAGGUGAAGCUGACGCCAACCAGCUCCUUCUUCUAUGUGGACAGUAAAGAGCUCACCGUCAGCAUCAAAGCUACAUAUCUAUUUGGUGAAGAGGUGGAUGGGAUGGCUUUUGUGUUAUUUGGGGUCAUACACGACGGUCAAAAGAAGAGCUUUCCAAGUUCUCUGCAGAGAGUGCCGAUUGCGCGGGGUAAUGGAGUGGUCACACUGCGGAGACAGCACGUCACACAGACCUUCGGAAACAUCUUGGAACUGGUGGGGGAUUUCAUAUUUGUAGCCGUCAGUGUGCUGACGGAGAGCGGUGGUGAAAUGGUGGAGGCAGAACUGAGAGGUAUCCAGAUUGUCACAUCACCGUACACCAUCCACUUCAAGAAAACGGCCAAAUAUUACAAACUAAGAAUGCCCUUUGAUGUUGCGGUUGAAGUUGUGAAUCCGGACGGCACUCCGGCACAAGGUGUUGCAGUUGUGGUGGAUCCGGGCAAGAUGCAGGGCCUCACCACAGCCAAUGGCAUAGCGAGGCUUAGCAUCAAUACAGAAAGCAGUGAAGCACUGACUAUUAUCGCAAGGACGAGUGACCCUCACAUUUCAAGUGAAAGACAGGCAUCAGCCACAAUGGUAGCUCUCCCACACACCACGACAAGCAACAAUUACAUCCACAUAGGUGUGACUAUGAGUGAAGUAACAUUAGGGGAAAAUCUGAUAAUCAGGCUCAGCCUCAACAGGCAGGAAAACAAACAAAAUGACCUCACGUACCUGAUCUUGAGCAGAGGUCAGCUGGUGAAAUAUGGGCGACACCAGAUAAAACGUCAAGUACUGAUUUCCAUGGUGCUUCCCAUUACCAAAGACUUGCUGCCAUCGUUCCGCGUCAUUGUCUACUACCAUACAAAUGACAAUGACGUGGUGUCAGACUCUGUUUGGUUGGAUGUCAAGGACUCCUGCAUGGGCUCGUUGAAGCUGGAAUCAACGAGACCCGCUCCCUCGUAUGAGCCUCGCAGGAUGUUUGGCCUGAAGGUCACUGGAGAUCCAGGGGCCACAGUGGGACUGGUGGCGGUUGACAAAGGUGUCUAUUUUAUAAACAACAAGCACCGCCUCACCCAGAAAAAGGUGUGGGACAUUAUAGAGAAGUACGACACAGGCUGCACUGCAGGUGGAGGGAAGGACAGCAUGGGUGUGUUCUAUGAUGCUGGGCUGCUGUUUGAGUCCACUGCUUCCAGUACUCCGUACAGACUAGAUUUAAGGUGUCCAGCCUCCAGCAGGAGGAAACGAGACGGCACUACAGUGAAUGUCCAAACCAUCUUGGGUGAGGAGGACGACAGUUACAUGGGCAUAGAUGAAAUUGUUUCUCGCACCCAUUUCCCUGAAAGUUGGCUGUGGUCAGAAAUCAAACUGCCUGCUUGCCCUCCAGACACACCGAACUGUGACGCCACAUCAUUUGUGAAAAACUUUCCUUUGCAAGACCCAAUCACAACCUGGCAGCUCACUGGCAUCAGUCUGUCCAGAACUCACGGUAUCUGUGUGGCUGACCCAUUAGAGGUCACUGUCCGGAAGGACUUCUACAUUGAUCUCAGGCUGCCACACUCUGCUGCCCGUGGAGAGCAGCUGGAAAUCAACGCUAUCCUCCAUAACUACAGCCCAGAUGUUAUGAUGGUCCGUGUGGAUCUGAUAGAGGUGGAGCAUAUCUGCAGUGCAGCUUCUACGCUUGGGAACUAUCGUCAGAAUAUCAAAGUUUGGCCCCAAACUGCAGAAUCUGUACCCUUCAUCAUCAUCCCCAUGAAAGAAGGACAACAUCGCAUUGAGGUCAAAGCAGCUGUUAAUGACUCAUAUCUCAGUGAUGGUAUUAUGAAGACUCUGCGGGUGGUGCCUGAAGGUGUACUGACAAAAUCCUUAAGGACAAUAACACUAGACCCAACGAUUAAAGGUGUAGAUGGUAAACAACAGGAAAUUAUCAACAGUGAAAUUCCUCUGGAUAUUUUGGUUCCAAACACACCUACGAGCACACAAAUCUUUGUGACAGGAAAAGAGCAGAUAAGUGCGCUAGCGGAAACCAUUAUUGGUGGGAACUUUAUGGGUUCGCUGAUCUUCAAGCCCGCAGGCUCUGGAGAGACGACCAUGAUCCACAUGGCCCUCACUGUCAUUGCAACCAUAUAUUUGGACAAAACCAACCAGUGGGAAACAGUGGGCUUACAUAAACGUAACGAAGCACUCCAAUACAUCAAAUUUGGCUAUCAGCACCAGCUCGCCUACCGUAAAAGCGAUGGGUCUUUUGGUGUGUUUGCCAAUCGUCCAAGUAGCACCUGGCUGACGGCCUAUGUUGUCAAGGUGUUUGCCAUGGCCAUCAAUCUGGUGCCAGUGUCAAACAAUGUCAUCUGUGACGCUGUCAAGUUUCUGAUUCUCAACACACAGCAGUCUGACGGCAUGUUUAGAGAAGUUGGAAGAUUGUAUCAUGCAGAGGCGAUGGGUGAUGUGCAAGGCGUUGAUUCAGAUGCCUCCAUGACGGCGUUCUGCCUCAUAGUUAUGCAGGAGUCACGAAGGAUAUGUGCUGAAACUGUUAAUAGUCUUUCAGGCAGCAUAGACAAAGCAGUGGCCUACCUGGAGACGCGUCUGCCCCGCCUCACCAACCCAUAUGCUGUUGCAAUGACAUCAUACGCCCUGGCCAAUGAAUACAAACUGAACCAGGAGAUCCUCUUCAAGUUUGUCUACCCAGAGUUGUCCCACUGGCAGGUACCUAAAGGACAUGUUUACACACUGGAGGCCACAGCUUAUGCUCUUCUUGCUCUGGUCAGGGUCAAGGCCUUUGAAGAUGCCAGACCUGUUGUCAGAUGGCUCAGUCGACAGCAGAAGGUGGGCGGAGGCUAUGGAUCUGUUCAGGCUACCCUGAUGGUGUACCAGGCUGUAGCGGAGUACUGGACCAAUGCUGAAGAACCAGAGUAUGAUCUGAAUGUGGACGUAAUGUUGCCAGGCAGGUCAAGGCCUGACAAGUACAACUUCAACAGGGACAACCACUACACCACAAGAAUAUCUAAAAUCAGUACCAUAAACCAGAAUGUAAGCGUGACUGCCACAGGAAGUGGAGAAGCAACGGUCACAAUGGUGUCGCUGUUUUACGCUCUGCCUAAAGAAAAGGAAAGUGACUGCCAGAGGUUUAACUUGUCAGUGCAGCUCCUCCCAGCACAGCAACUGGGUGACGAAGAGGAUAAGGAGACAUACAAGCUGAAAAUUGAGGUUUUGUUUAAGGACGAGGAGCGUGAUGCAACUAUGACAAUCUUGGAUGUUGGCUUGUUAACUGGCUUCACUGUUAACACACAUGACCUGGACUUACAGUCCAGAGGACCUGCCCGCACCAUUGCAAAAUAUGACAUGAACACAGCCCUGUCAGAGAGAAGUUCGCUCAUUAUUUACUUGGACAAAGUUUCUCACACCCGACCAGAGGAGAUCACUUUUAGGAUCCAUCAGUGGCUGAAAGUGGGCGUCUUACGACCAGCUGCUGUAUCUGUCUAUGAAUACUAUGAACAGUCACAGUGUGUGAGGUUCUACCAUCCAGAGAGAAGAGGGCUGCAGAGGCUCUGUAUAAAUAAUGAUUGCACAUGUGCUAAAGAAAGCUGUUCUAUGCAGGGAAAGGACAUUAGCAAUGAUGAGCGCACUGCUAAGUCCUGUGAGAUCACACCGACUAGCAAAGUAGAUUUUGUGUGCAAAGUCAGACUGGAAAGAUUUACAGGCGGCUUGUCCACUGACAUUUACACAGCACGGAUAGUGGAAGUCAUAAAGGAGGGAAGUUAUGAUGUUGGCUCUCCGGGUAAAUUGUUGACGUUCCUCAAUUAUCCGUACUGCAGGGAGUCUUUAGAUCUGAGAACAAACAAAACCUACCUGAUCAUGGGCUCAUCCAAAGAAUUCCUCAAAGAUGAACAGAGCCAAUUGUAUCAGUAUGUACUUGGUAAGAGCACUUGGAUUGAGUACUGGCCCACAGAAGAUGAGUGCCAGACUGAUGAAUACAAACAUACCUGUUUGGGCAUGACAGAGCUGGUCAUGCAGCACACAGUCCUUGGAUGUCAGCAGUGA